CAUGCUGGGGAUUUUUCUGCAGCUGCGAUCAGAGGCGGAGAUGAUCCGGGCGUGGGGAUUCCUCUUCUUCUGGGGUCUCCUGAGCCUGACUUGGGGACAUGAAGGCCAAGGGGCCUUUCUGAGGAUCAGGAAGAAGUACCUGGAGGAAGAGCUUGGGAGAUGUCUGGUCAGUUCGGACAUGGGAGAAGAGUUAACUCAUUUGGUAGGGGAACUCAGCCCUCAACCACCCCCUGAUUCUGGAAAGCCCUUCUUUGGACACAUCCCACAUCUGCCUCCCAGAAUAACGGUGGAGACCCCGUAUCGCCCAGCUAUUGAUAUAACAAUGCGAUCAGACGAUUCACUGAACCUCCAUUGGAUAGUGGUAUUUGGCGUCUAUUUAGAAUAUUCCUUUGAUCCUUUGGGCAAAGAGGUGGAGAUUCAAGUCACAAAGGACUUCUCAACUGUCAUGACCAUGAACAGCAGUGGAUUUCAAAUGAGGAGCUGCCGCUCCUGCGGUGGUUGGUCAGAUAUCAAAACCUGGUACAGAUCUUCCAGCACUUCGAUAGAGGGUGUCACGCCAAUGGUACAGAUUGCUCUGGGGGAAAGACUGAUCCCUGUUUUGGAUGAAAAGAGCUGUGGCCUCUUGCAGUCUGCCCUGUCCAGGCCUGGAGGUUGCCUUCUGAGCCAGACUCUGUUUGACUUGUCACCUCUUGGGAUCCAGUACUUUCUCGAGAGCUUCCUUCUGAGAAACGACACUUUCAUCCUCGAGCUGCGUGUCUCGGAAGAAGAAGGAAAGCCGGACGGCAGAGCAGAAGAGGCCGACGGUGGAGCAAAAGAGAGGCUUGACAGCCUCUUGGACUCUCUACCUAAAAUGCACAAGGAAGCUGUCACUGACAUUGCCAUGGCGAUGAAGCAGCUGGACUGGAACUUUGCCCAACUCCUACAACCUAUAAAGCCCAUCAUUCUGGAUAAGAACCACAAAAUGGGCUUUUGCAUGUUGGAAAGUGUUCAGCCUCUGCUUCCAGGGCACGUUUCUGAUGAGGAGUUAGAAAACUAUGUGAUGAACUUAACCGCUCGUGAACCACCUCGAUUCUACAGCGACUUUGGCAUGCUUUACGUGAUUCAUCUAUUGGAGUUGGAGACGUUUAAUGCUGAGGGGAUCUCCGUCUGGAGACUAGAUGAAACUUACUAUGCACCAGCUGAUACUUUGAUUGCAGACAACAAGCUGAAGGUCUCAUUGUCUCUAGAAAGUGGAUUUCUUCAAACACAUAUGAGGGGUGACCUAUCUAACGUAGUUAGCAUGUUGGAAACCCUACUGGAAUUUGAGGAUCCUGUUGCAUUGUUGGACAAUCUGGAGCAGGAGUUCCUGCUGCCGCUGGCUCCAGGCGUGGGUGAUGUGGUGAGAAUGAAAACCAGCUGUACAAAGGAAUACCUUUUGAUGUCUCUCAUCCCCAAGCAAUGAUGCCCUCUGGAGCCCUGCAUGAAAAACCAAGUGGCUGGAAUUGUAUCUUACUAUUUCCUCUAAAUUUGGAUCCAGCUCCUUCUGUUGCACCAACCAUGCACUGGGGUGUGUGUGUGUGGCAGAAA